GAUUUAACCUUUAAAUAUACAUCAAAGAGGGGUAAUAUUGAAGAUGUUGAAGAUAGAAAGAAUAAUACUGAAGAUUUUGAAGAUAAUGAAAAUGAUUUUAAAAAUACUAAAGAUAAUAAGGAUUAUGCUAAGAAUAGUAAAGAUGGUAAAGAUUGUAUUAAAAAUCUAGAAGAGGGUGAUGAAUAUGAUUCUAAAAAAUUCAGUAUGUCUUUUGAAGUAGAAAGUAAAAAAGAUUUUUCUCUGUUUGAGUUUAACAGUUAUAAAAUAAGAGAAAGCAAAUAG